AUGUCCAACGAUCCAGAUGCUAUGGAGGGAGAAAAGCCUCGACCUCUCGUGGAGGGCAAGAAAGCCGCCCGCAAAGAACAGUCCAUGACGCUCUGGCAAGCGGUUCGCUUGUACCCCAAGGCCUCCACAUCCGGCAAAUGGACGGUCCCCGCCUCGUGGCAAUCGGCACUCUCCAACGGGGCCCGAGUGGGCGAAGUGAUCGGAUUGCUCAUCAACGGCCUGAUUUCGGAACGACUGGGAUACCGCUGGACAAUGGUUUCGGCGCUGGCGGCAAUGGACGCGGUCAUAUUCGUCUUCUUCUUCGCUGUCGAUGUCAAAAUGCUGCUCGCUGCAGAGAUUCUGGCCGGUAUUCCCUGGGGCAUCUUCCAGACUUUGCCCGCCGCAUAUGCCUCUGAAGUGUGUCCGGUUGUCCUCCGUCCGUACUUGACGACCUUUAUCAACAUGUGCUGGGUGAUUGGGCAGUUCGUCGCGGUGGGUGUGAAUCGCGGAUCCAUACAAGAACCGACCAGUGGGCGUACCGGAUUCCCUUUGCGGUGCAGUGGGCAUGACCACUCCGGAUCCUCAUUGGAAUCCUCUUCGCACCCGAAUCACCCUGGUGGCAUGUCCGACGGGGGUGCUAAACGGGCCCUGCAGCGGCUUACUUCAUCCACCGAUCCGAACUUCGAUCCUGACGAGACAAUCGCCAUGAUCCAGCAUACAAACGAGCUAGAAAAGACACUUGCGAGCGGCACAAAAUACACCGAUUGUUUCAAGGGGACGAACCUGCGCCGAACAGAAGUUGUCUGCGUAGUUUGGCUGGUCCAGACACUGUGCGGGCAGAACCUCAUGGGCUACUUUGCCUACUUUUGCGUCCAGGCUGGUCUCCCGACGGUGCGUUCCUUCGAUCUCUCACUGGCACAGUAUGCCCUCGGUUUCAUUGGGACCGCGGGGUCAUGGUUCCUAAUGACCUACACCGGUCGUCGCACACUGCACGUCUGCGGUCUGGCAAGCUUAUUUACCCUGCUCGUCAUCACAGCGAAGUGGGCGAUCGGUGCGAUGUUGAUCAUCUUCACCUUCUGCUACGACUUUACUAUCGGACCCGUGACGUAUUCGCUGGUGUCGGAACUGUCGUCCACCCGACUCAAGGCCAAGACGAUCGUGCUGGCGAGAGUCGGAUACAACAUCAGUAAUAUUGUUGUCAACGUGCUCACAAACUAUCAGCUCAACUCGACGGCUUGGAACUGGGGUGCCCGCAGCGCAUAUUUUUGGGCGGGAACAUGUCUCGUCUGCUUGAUCUGGUCAUACUUUCGCCUACCGGAGCCCAAGGGAAGAACUUAUGAGGAAUUGGAUCUGCUGUUUGAGCAAGGAGUGUCGGCGCGCAAGUUCAGAGACACAGUAGUUGAUCCAUACGAGGGCGAGGAGGAACACCUGGAGGUGCGAGAGGAGCGCCAUAAGGACUAG